AUGGAGCGUCACCUGCUUCACGUGGGACCUGACGAGGACGAGGAAAACUGGAGUGAUGCGAGGGCACCCAUGGCCUUGCCGGCUGGAGAGGGGAGAAAUGAGGAAGCGAGUGGACAGGGCCAGCCUGGGCGGGAAGCCGCAGCAGCGGAAGGGGAAGGAGCCGGAGAAUUAAGUGGAGAAGGUCCCUCUGCUGCUGGUGCUGCGGGCCUCGAAGAUGGCGGGAACCAAGAGGAUCAUGGCGCCAGUGGUGGUGCCCGGGAGAAUGAGCAGCGACCUCAGGAGCCGGUUCACGAGGGCAUGGGAGACAACGAGGGUGUGCCGCCGCCGCCGCCGCCCCCACCGCCGCCGCCUGUGCCAGCGCCAGCGCCAGCGCCAAGGUGCAAACGCACCUCAAGCAACAGGUUCGCCCACUGGCAGCGGCACGAGCUGGAGAGUGUUUUCCAGCAUACUCACUACAUCACUGCAGACGUAAGGAAACAACUGGCAGCAUCCAUGGGUGUGAGUGAAGCCAAAGUGCAGAAUUGGUUUAAGAAGAAGAGAGAACAAUACAGGAAAUAUCAAAAGCCAUAA